AUGCCGAACGCCUUCACGCGGGAGCCAGCGCACGGGGGGGAGCGAGACGCGGGGACGGAGCCCACGGGUGCAGCAUCCACAGGGAGCAGAGCGGAGAAGGGGCUGGGACUCCUCUUGUCCCCCCAGGUGCCAUACGUACCGUCGAGUGCCCAGCAGGUUGCGAACGUGAUGGCGCUGCUCAAGGGGCGCUCAGGGAAGAUGGUGGACCUGGGCUCGGGCGACGGCAGGCUCGUAAUAGAGGCCUAUAAGCAAGGCCUGAGACCGGCUGUGGGCUAUGAGCUCAACCCUUGGCUGCUGCGCCUCUCCAAAUACCGGGCCUGGAAGGCUGGCUAUGACGGGAAGGUUUCCUUCCUGAAGCAAGACCUGUGGAAGGUGAAUCUUUCUGAUUGCUACAAUGUCACCAUGUUCCUGGCUCCCAGCGUGAAAUCUCCCCUGGCUGCCAAGCUCCUUGCAGAACUCCCGGAUGAGGCCCGAGUGGUGGCUGGACGUUUCCCCUUCCCAUCCUGGACCGCAAGCAGCACCGUUGGCCAGGGGCUGGAGCAAGCCUGGGCCUACGACAUGAAGGAGGUGCGGGAGGCAGCACAGAGCGGCGCACAGGGAAGCCCGGUCUAACAGG